AUGUCUAAGAAAGAAUAUGUUGAAGCAGUGAUCGAUGGGAUCCAACAAGCUCCCGAAGGUAAAACAAUCAUUACGAGACUCCUGCUCAGUAUAGAUAGACGGCAAUCAGUGGAAGAUGCCCGAGGAGACCUCUGGUUUGAUCGUUGGCUGGAGCUGAGUGGUGAUCCAUCUGUAGAUGGCCGAAAGUUCAUCCCGCUUCUUGAAGGUCGGAAAUCAACUGGAAGAGGUGGAGGAGUUUCUGGCAUUCCGUCCAGAUCGCAUAGGGCAUGGCACAUACCUGCAUAA